CGCCUCCUUAAUCUUACCAUAUUGAUUUUGUUUCCUACACAACUUGUGGCAUUCAUUUCCAGCCAUUCUAUUAGUUUAUUAAUAGCGUGCUCCGGCCAAAAUUUUAUACAUUAACCAUUGCGAUUUUUGUAAAAAAAAACAACAACAAAGGGUUUAGAUUCAUAUCAUUUCGACUAGUGAAGAUCUCCAAUUGACAGUACUCUUGCAUAAAGAUCAGGGAAAUGCGGCAAAAGGUGGUAAUUAAAGUGGUCUCAAUGAGUGAUCACAAAACCCGCAAGAAGGCCCUCAAAACUGUUGUUAGUUGCUUUGGUGUGGAUUCUAUAGCCUUACAAGGGGAGAGCAAGGAUAAGAUAGAAGUCAUUGGAGAAGGAAUGGAUGCAGUGACAAUCACUAAGUCACUGAGGAAAAAUGUUGGCCAUGCGGAGAUUGUUAAUUUGGGUCCGGUUGAUUGAUAAACUAAGAUGAUGAGAAACAUGAUGACCAUUUUGAUAUAGAAAAAAUGACAAUUUAGAAAAUGAUAUAGCAAUGAGAAUUGGAACUAAAAAUUUAUAUUGUAUUGAAGGAAGGAAGAAUGGCUAGAAAUUGGGGGG